AUGAUCAGGUCAAAUAAUGUGACUGAGUUAAUUAUCACUGGCCUUUUCCAGGAUCCAAGGGCGCAGAAUGUGUGCUUUGCGGUGUUUCUUCCCGUUUACUUGACCACAGUGAUGGGCAAUGGCCUCAUCAUCCUGACAGUCAGCGUCAGCAAGAGUCUGCAUUCCCCCAUGUACUUCUUCCUUAGCUACUUAUCCCUGGUGGAGAUCAGUUACUCCUCUACCGUAGUCCCUAAGUUCAUCACAGACUUACUCACCAAGAUUAAGACCAUCUCCCUGGAGGGCUGUCUGGCUCAAAUCUUCUUCUUCCACUUCUUUGGGGUCACUGAGAUCAUCCUGCUCACUGUGAUGGCCUAUGACCGCUAUGUGGCCAUCUGCAGGCCCCUGCACUACAUGACCAUCAUGAGUCAUACUGUGUGUCAAUUUCUGGUUGCUGGCUCAUGGCUGGGGGGCAUACUUCACUCCCUGGUUCAGAUCCUUGUCACUCUCCAGUUGCCCUUUUGUGGCCCCAAUGUGAUUGACCACUACUUUUGUGACCUCCAUCCCCUAUUCAAGCUUGCGUGCACUGACACUUUUGUGGAAGGGGUUAUUGUGCUGGCCAACAGUGGCUUAAUCUCUGUGUUCUCCUUCCUCAUCUUGGUGUCCUCCUAUAUCGUCAUCCUGGUCAACUUGAGGAACCAUUCUGCAGAGGGGAGGCACAAAGCCCUCUCCACCUGUGCCUCCCACAUCAUGGUGGUCAUUUUGUUCUUUGGACCUGCCAUCUUCCUCUACAUGAGGCCAUCCUCCACCUUCACUGAGGACAAACUGGUGGCCGUGUUCUACACAGUGAUCACCCCCAUGCUGAACCCCGUCAUCUACACACUCAGAAAUGCAGAAGUGAAAAAUGCCAUGAGGAGGUUGUGGCAAAAGAAAGUAGACUCAGGGAUGGAAUAA